CGAAUAUAUGAUAACAUUAAUAUUGAUAAGUGGUAUAUUAUGUGCUGAAGUUAAGUUGAAAGUUGAAUCAUCACCAAAAGAUAUAAGAAGAAUAAAUGGAAGGGCUGAGUUUGAUGGUAAGAUAUAAGAUUUAAUUAGUAAUAUAGCAUAAGAAUAUGAAACAUCUUGUUAAUGUGAAUCAACAACAACACAACUUCAUGUAGGUGAAACAUUUUGUGAUCCAACAAAGGUUUAAUUACAUUAAGAUUAUGCUGGAGAUGAUGGGAAAACAGCAUCAUUUGAAUAAAUAAGACAUUUAAUUGGACCUUUGAAUGAACUAUAAUUUGGUGAUCCUAAUAGCUAUCAUUUUUCCUGUUUAGAUGGAAGAAAUGAAUAAGGUGUUUUAGGGACUCCAGGAGGUGAUUCUGGUGAAUUUCUAUUAGCUUUAUAAGUAUAUGAAUAAACAAUUAAUACUCCAUUAUCUUAAGAUACUGUAGAUAGUAUUUUAAGCAAUUAUUUAUUAUAUAUGAAAUAAGAUGGAUUUUAUAUGUGUACAGAUGAUGAUGCUAUAAGACAUUUAGAAAAAGAAUUAGGAAUGACAUUAACAGUUGAUGCUUUAAUUGAUCCUCCGAAUUCUGUACAUAUAAGUAAUAUAUAUUUUUAGUUUAAAAAUGAUCUGUUAACAUCUCUUUUGAAACCUGAAAAUACAGGAUGUAUGCAUUUGAAAAGUAUUUUAAAGAAUCCUGAGAGUUAUGAUAUGAGACCUGAUUUAGUUAGAUAUUUUAUUAGAAGUUAUUUCACUAUAUUAUGGAAUAAAAGCAACCCAUUACAUCAUAAAAUAUUACUCGAAGUAAUGGCAGGUAGACAUGAAGAAAGAGCAUUUCUUGAAGUUAGAAUUAAUGAGGCAUGUAUAAGAUAGAAUAUGGCACCACUUCUUAAACCUAAAAGAAGAAUAACAUUAGCAAGUGUUCCAUAAGGACCUACAUCAACAACUUUUCAUGAAGGUGGUGCUACUGAAAUAUUUUAAGCAUAUGUUAAUCAUAUUGAUGCUGCAUCUAUUAGGAGAAAAGUAAAAUACUAUAUUUACAUUUAGGAACUAUCUAAAUUCUUUGCUGAAAUCUCUAAUCAUAAUGGAAUCCAUUUUGAAAUUGAUGUUAUGCAUCAUAGAUUAAAUAAAAAAGGAUUGAUGUAUUUAGAAAUUACUGGAUAAAAAAUUGCCAGAUAUUUGCCAUUUUAUACUGUUACAAUUGUAUGA